AUGCAUACUCACAUCAGAACAGACGAAAUGGAGCCCAAGGAGUCCCAGAACGAAUCGGCCGGAGCUGAGCCCAAGUUGAAUCCAGUCAUCGAACAGCUGGACCUUGUGGCAGCGUCGUCUAGAGCCCUGGAACAGGUCAUCGCUAAGGCGAUCGAGGGGGACGGCAAAGAAAAGGUAGUAACCACGGAGAUGUUUGAGAACUACUUCAAGAUGGUUUUCAAGAUGUGGGACAGCACAGACCUCGCACCCGAAAUCCCCAAGGAACCGCUAAACAGAGACAAGCGUGCGAUGUCGGUCCAUAUUGGGACGUGGGCAAACGACGCCCCAGAACCGGUUGCCGAGGAGAGAAAGCGAAAGAGAGAGGGCAAAGACGAGUCAGCGGUAAAGGAGGCCAAGGCUCGCAGACUUGGUGCCCCCGCCCGGUUAGCGGUGUCGACCCAAAACCCAGAGGUCGUCAAGUUCGAUUUCCGCCACCACAACCUGCGAAUGGUGUCCCAGAACAAGGUCAAGGUCGACUAUCACCCAGGCAUGACCUAUGAGAGCGCCCAGAUCCAGCUCAUGCGGGUUCUCGACCAGGCUGAAGCAGCUCGAGCGGAUGAAUUCAACAAAAGAUUGCUCAUCGCCCUGGGUCGCAACCGGAUUGUGCCCUUCGCGAAGCACGGGAGUGGCCCAGGACAUGUUCCUACGAUCGCCGCCGAGCACCAGUUAGGCGACCGUCUCUUCAAGCCAAACCUGGCGGGCCACAGAUGCUUGAGCAGACGCGAAAGCAAAUCCGACUACUUCGUGGGUACUACGGUGACAUGGACCUGGACCUCUUUAACGAGCCCCAUUCGACAUGACGCUCUUCACAUUCGGCGCUCGGUUUUUCCCUUCUUUUCGCUUGGUCGCCUUGGUUCGCCACGACUUGAUUGA